UAUAUAAUAAAUAAAGAAAACAUCAAAAGAAUUAUCAAGGCAAGAAAAAGGCCAUGAGUUACCUUUUUCUCUCGAACCCUAAAUUGAAUUCUUCCAUUUCAACUUUCCAUCUCAACAAUUUAUUCUAACACACACCAUUUUCUACCAUCAAUUUACUUUCCUUAAAUCUGAUGAACAAAUUCGAAGAGUGAGAAGAAACGAUUUCGGCAAAAUCAAACUUCUUGUACGAGAUCGGAAGUUCGAAUCUCUCAAACGUUUGAAGGGUUGAAGCUUGGUAAGGUGGUGAGUUUGUGAUCCGAGGGUAUGGCUUGGUUCAGAGCUGGAUCUGCGGUGGCGAAGCUUGCAGUGAGGAGGACUGUAGCUCAGGGGCGGUCGUAUGUGACUAGGACUCGAGUUGUUGAUUCACAAAGCCGGCGUUUUGUGAAUUCACAGACUCACUUUUUUCAUAGCACGGUUUUGAAACCGCAAGCUGCUCCUGUUCCACGCCCUGUACCCCUUUCGCGGCUUACUGAUAGUUUUCUUGAUGGGACGAGUAGUAUUUACUUGGAGGAGUUACAAAGAGCUUGGGAAGCUGACCCUAACAGUGUUGAUGAGUCAUGGGACAAUUUCUUCAGGAAUUUUGUUGGGCAAGCAUCUACCUCGCCAGGGAUUUCGGGACAGACAAUUCAAGAGAGUAUGCGUCUGCUACUGCUUGUGAGGGCUUACCAAGUUAAUGGUCACUUUAAGGCCAAGUUGGAUCCAUUGGCUCUGGAAGAAAGGCCGAUUCCUGAUGACUUGAACCUGGAACUCUAUGGGUUCAGCGAAGCUGACCUUGAUCGUGAAUUUUUCCUUGGAGUGUGGAGGAUGGCUGGGUUUUUGUCCGAGAACCGUCCUGUUCAGACCCUUAGAAGUAUCCUUAACCGUCUUGAGCAGGCGUAUUGUGGGAGCAUCGGUUUUGAAUAUAUGCAUAUAGCCGAUCGUGAGCAGUGUAACUGGUUGAGAGACAGAAUUGAGACUCCUUCACCAAUGGAAUAUAACAAGGAAAGGCGCCAUGUGAUGCUAGACAGGCUUAUAUGGAGUACCCAAUUUGAAAGUUUCUUAGCAACUAAGUGGACUACAGCUAAAAGGUUUGGUCUUGAAGGUUGUGAAACUCUCAUUCCUGGUAUGAAAGAGAUGUUUGAUAGAUCAGCGGAUCUUGGGGUGGAGAGUAUAGUCAUUGGAAUGUCUCACAGGGGUAGGUUGAAUGUGCUUGGCAAUGUCGUAAGAAAACCACUUCGACAGAUAUUCAGUGAGUUCAGUGGAGGCAUAAAACCUACAGAUGAGGUCGGACUUUACACAGGAACUGGAGAUGUCAAGUAUCAUUUAGGAACUUCUUAUGAUAGGCCUACUAGGGGUGGGAAGCGAAUUCAUCUCUCUUUGGUUGCAAAUCCUAGUCACUUAGAAGCUGUGGAUCCGGUUGUGGUUGGUAAAACAAGAGCGAAACAAUACUAUUCUAAUGAUGUUGACAGGACAAAGAAUAUGGCUAUUUUGAUCCAUGGUGAUGGUAGUUUCGCUGGACAAGGUGUGGUCUAUGAGACACUCCAUCUUAGUGGUCUUCCAAAUUACACUACUGGUGGUACUAUCCACAUUGUGGUGAACAAUCAAGUUGCCUUUACAACUGAUCCAAGGUCAGGAAGAUCUUCACAAUACUGCACUGAUGUUGCAAAAGCACUGAAUGCCCCCAUUUUCCAUGUAAAUGGGGAUGAUUUGGAGGCAGUGGUUCAUGUUUGUGAGCUUGCAGCAGAGUGGCGUCAAACCUUUCAUUCAGAUGUUGUGGUAGAUAUAGUUUGCUACCGUAGAUUUGGUCAUAACGAGAUUGAUGAGCCAUCGUUUACACAACCAAAAAUGUACAAGGUCAUCCGAAAUCACCCUUCUGCUCUUGAAAUAUACAAGAAGAAAGUUCUUGAAUCUCAAGAAAUGUCUAAGGAAGAGGUUGAUCAGAUCCAGAAAAAGGUUAUGACAAUCCUUAAUGAGGAGUUUGAUGCAAGCAAGGAUUACAAGCCUCAAAGGAGGGACUGGCUUUCUGCUUACUGGCUAGGUUUCAAGUCUCCUGAGCAGCUUUCCAGGAUUCGUAACACUGGGGUUCAACCAGAAAUCUUGAAGAAUGUUGGAAAGGCUAUCACCUCACUUCCUGAAACUUUCAAGCCACACAAGGCUGUGAAAAGGAUUUAUGAGCAACGUGCUCAGAUGAUUGAAUCGGGGGAGGGUAUUGAUUGGGCAGUUGGUGAAGCACUAGCCUUUGCCACUUUGCUAGUUGAGGGCAAUCAUGUCCGACUGAGUGGUCAGGAUGUUGAGAGGGGUACAUUCAGCCAUAGGCAUUCUGUACUCCAUGAUCAGGAAACAGGAGAAAAAUACUGCCCCUUGGACCAUGUGAUGAUAAACCAAAAUGACGAGAUGUUUACUGUUAGUAACAGCUCCCUUUCAGAGUUUGGUGUUCUUGGAUUUGAAUUGGGCUAUUCUAUGGAAAAUCCAAAUUCAUUGGUCCUCUGGGAAGCUCAGUUUGGCGACUUUUCUAAUGGGGCACAAGUGAUAUUUGAUCAGUUCUUGAGCAGUGGGGAAGCAAAGUGGUUGCGACAGACUGGUCUUGUGGUGCUACUUCCUCAUGGAUAUGAUGGCCAGGGACCUGAACAUUCAAGUGCUCGAUUGGAACGUUUUCUACAGAUGAGUGAUGACAACCCCUAUGUCAUACCUGAGAUGGAACCAACAUUACGGAAGCAGAUCCAGGAAUGCAAUUGGCAGGUUGUCAAUGUAACUACGCCUGCUAAUUAUUUCCAUGUUUUGCGCCGUCAGAUACACAGGGAAUUCCGCAAACCACUUAUUGUCAUGGCACCCAAGAACUUGCUUCGUCACAAAGAAUGCAAAUCAAAUCUUUCUGAAUUUGACGAUGUUAAAGGCCAUCCUGGUUUCGAUAAACAAGGAACCAGAUUCAAGCGUCUCAUAAAGGAUCAGAAUAUGCACUCGGAUCGCGAGGAGGGCAUCAGGCGCUUGGUUCUGUGCUCUGGAAAAGUUUACUAUGAGCUUGACGAACAAAGGAAAAAAGUAAAUGGCAGUGAUGUUGCCAUCUGUAGAGUUGAGCAGCUUUGCCCUUUCCCCUAUGAUCUUGUCCAAAGAGAGCUGAAGCGGUAUCCAAAUGCUGAGGUUGUCUGGUGCCAGGAAGAGCCAAUGAAUAUGGGUGCUUAUAGCUACAUUGCUCCUCGUCUGUCUGCUACAAUGAAAUCUUUAGACAGAGGAAGUGCUGAUGAUAUUAAGUAUGCUGGGCGCCCACCAUCUGCUGCAACUGCCACUGGUUUCAUCUCGGUCCACAGCAGAGAACAGACUGAGCUUGUGCAGAAGGCCUUACAGCCGGAGCCACUCCCAUUUCCAUCAACGUCUGCUUGAUUUUUGAUAAGCUGAACCAAUUUUGAGUAAAUGAGAGUACAUUGUAUAAGAAUUUCGUCUCUCCAAAAGUUUUUUGACUACAGUAAAAUAAUUACUAUCAGAAAUACAUUACCUUUUGCUAUGAUUCUUAACUGGGAACAUUGUCAUGAAUCAUGUCAAAUAAAUUCUAUGUUUGUUACUUGAAGUUGAACAUUCUGGUAAUGAAUGUAGUAAAUUAUUCAUUUUA